AAAGAGGUGCGAAUCGCCGAAUCGCCGAGUUAUUUGCAGGUGUUUAGAUACUUAAGAUAACGCGGUGCCUUCAUUUCUGGAUUUCGGACCAAUUUACAGACGUGCAAAGGUCAGCAAACCACUAAUCGAUAUGGGAACUAUGUCUCUAAGCGAUUUCAAGGAGGUUAGAAUACCGGCACCUUGGGGUCACAUCUCCGGUCGUUGGUAUGGUAAUCGAACGGAGCGACCGAUCCUGGCGAUUCACGGAUGGCUGGACAAUCUGGGAACCUUCGAUCGGCUGAUUCCCCUGCUUCCCGACUACAUAGGCGUGUUGUGCAUCGAUCUUCCCGGACAUGGAAGAUCCGCUCACAUUCAGCCUGGAAUGCACUACGCCGUCAACGAUUACGUGUUAAUCAUUCCUCGAGUGAUGAAGGAAUACGGCUGGUCAAAGGUCUCAUUGAUGGGCCACUCAUUGGGUGGCAUCAUUAGCUUCGUUUACACAUCUUUGGCACCAGAUACAGUGGACAUGGUCAUCUCACUGGACAUAUUGCUGCCCUUGUCAAAGGACCCCAAAACGGUUAUUAAAUAUUUGAACCACAGUUUGGAUAAGCACCUGGUGGAAGAGGAACGUCAGGUGGAGGGAAACCUGCACGAGCCUCCCUCCUACACCCUCGCACAGCUGACACAGGUCCUCGCCAAAGGAAGUGACAACUCGGUGACGCCAGAGUUUGCCCAACACUUGCUUCACCGGCAGGUGUCGAAGUCGCAACUCUAUCCAGACAGAUUCUUCUUCUCCAGAGAUGGACGAGUUAAAUACUACAGCCAUUUGCAAAUGGAACCCGAAUUUGGUGAGGCGUUGGUGAAGCGAAUUCGGAGAAUACCCUGUUUGAUCAUUAAAGGGUCAAAGUCUGAUUUUGUGGAAGCUAGAACCGAGAAGGCGGUUGCCAUCUUACGUCAAAACAAUCCGCACUUCGAGUUCUACGAGGUGGAGGGAGGUACCCACCACGUUCAUCUUCAUGCUGCCGAGGAGUGUGCCCGAUACAUAGUGCCCUUCAUCCGACACCACCGACCCCCGGCACUCACUUCUUGGUCCUUGAGUGGCAAGGAGGAGCACCUAAGUGCCGAGGAAAAGCGGCGACAGCAAGAAAGAUUCUUUAAAAGGAGCACACACGCUAAGAGCAAGCUGUGAUGUAUUCUUUAUGAAUCCCUAUGGUAUAAAAUUCAAUAUUAUAUACUAAUAAGAUAGCUUCAUAGGAAUAUCUAGAGCAUAUAUAAUGCAUUGUUUACGUUAAAUCGUACAAACAUAUAUAUAUCUCAACAAUUUUUUAAGGCUAUGGUAUUACAGCUCAGGUAUAGCUACUAAUAACUACUAAUGAAAUCAAUAAAACAAGACUCCAAAUAGCGGCUUUC